GGAAGGAAGGAAAUUCGGAAAUGGAUUAAUUGUGUGAAGUAGAAGACCAAUGUUUCAAUGCCAUUGGUCUGCAGCCAGCCCCUCCUCGUCCACAUCAAAGAAUAUAUACAGAGAGCAUUUAAUGGACGACAUGGACUGUUAACCAAAGGUCCCACACAGUUUAUGAACGCUUCAAAAGUCUGCAACAAGUAAAUGCCACAAUACAGAGGGAAUUGCCUUCGUGUGUCAUCGAUAUCAUCACCUGCCCUCUCUAUAAAUUAGCAAUCAAGAUGACAACAUAAUGGUAUGUAUGUAUGGUUGAUUCACUGGACUUGAAUUCUCCCAUGGCUUACUACUCAUCCACCCGUUCUUCUCCCAGUACUUCUCCGACUCCAUUAAUGUCGUUUUUCUAUCUUUGCCUUAUCGUCUUAUUCCUCAGUACUUCCUCUGCGUUUGGUAGUGGAUUAGGGGUCUCUUCCUCUCAGUCGUCAUCAAGUGAAACAGAGGCUCUACUCAAAUGGAAAGCCACUCUCCAAAACUACUCUGUCCCUGCUCUCCGUUCUUGGAAGCUUACAUCAUCAUCCUCAGCACCAAUCCCCUGCUGCAACUGGUUUGGUAUAACUUGUAACAAAGCCCGAACCAGCGUGGUUGAGAUUAGCCUUCCAGGACUGGAGCUGCAAGGUACGCUUCACAACUUCACCUUCUCUUCUUUUCCCAAUCUCCUUCGUCUCAAUCUCAGUGGCAAUGGACUCACAGGACCCAUACCAGUGCAUAUUGGUAGCCUCUCCAAACUCCUCCUCCUUGAUCUCUCCAAUAAUUAUCUUUCCAGCGUUCUGCCCCCCUUAAGUAAUUUAAGCAGCCUGCACUACUUAGACCUCUAUGACAAUGAAAUCAGUGGCACAAUUCCUUUAGAAAUAGGGAAUAUGAAAAAUCUGGUUGAGUUAGCAAUAGGUUCGAAUAAAUUCACUGGUACAAUCCCCCAUGUCCUGGCUAAUUUAAGCAACCUUCACUUCCUAUACUUGCAUACCAAUGAACUCAGUGGUCCAAUACCUUAUGCAAUGGGAAAUCUAGAAAAUUUGGUUGACUUAGACCUAUCUGAAAACAGCCUCAGUGGUCCAAUCCCUUAUUCUCUGUCUAAUUUGAGUAGACUAGAGACCCUCUAUUUGUUUUCGAAUCAAUUAUCUGGUCCAGUGCCUUCUGAAAUCGGAGAUAUGAAAAAUAUUAUUGACUUGGAGCUAUCUGAAAACAGCCUCAUUGGUCCAAUCCCUCAUUCUCUGUCUAAUUUAACUAGACUAGAGACCCUCUAUUUGCAUUCAAAUCAAUUAUCUGGUCCAAUGCCUUCUGAAAUCGGAGAUAUGAAAAAAUUGGUUGACUUGGAGCUAUCUCAAAACAACCUCAGUGGUCCAAUCCCUCAUUCUCUGUCUAAUUUAAGUAGACUAAAGACCCUCUAUGUGUAUUCGAAUCAAUUAUCUGGUCCUGUGCCUCCUGAAAUCGGAGAUAUGAAAAAUUUGGUUGUCAUGGAGCUAUCUCAAAACAACCUCAGUGGUCCAAUCCCUCAUUCUCUGGCUAAUUUAGCUAGACUAGAGACCCUCUAUUUGUUUUCGAAUCAAUUAUCUGGUCCAGUGCCUUCUGAAAUCGGAGAUAUGAAAAAUCUUAUUGACUUGGAGCUAUCUGAAAACAGCCUCAUUGGUCCAAUCCCUCAUUCUCUGUCUAAUUUAACUAGACUAGAGACCCUCCAUUUGUAUUCAAAUCAAUUAUCUGGUCCAGUGCCUAAUGAAAUUGGAGAUAUGAAAAAUUUGAUUGGCUUGGUCCUAUCUAAAAACAACCUCAGUGGUCCAAUCCCUCAUUCUCUGUCUAAUUUGAGUAGACUAGAGACCCUCUAUCUGUUUGACAAUCAAUUAUCUGGUCCUGUGCCUUCUGAAAUCGGAGAUAUGAAAAAUUUGGUUGAGUUGGAGCUAUCUCAAAACGACCUCAGUGGUCCAAUCCCUCAUUCUCUGUCUAAUUUAACUAGACUAGAGACCCUCUAUUUUGAUUCUAAUCAAUUAUCUGGUCCAAUGCCUUCUGAAAUCGGAGAUAUGAAAAAAUUGGUUGACUUGGAGCUAUCUCAAAACAACCUCAGUGGUCCAAUCCCUCAUUCUCUGUCUAAUUUAAGUAGACUAAAGACCCUCUAUGUGUAUUCGAAUCAAUUAUCUGGUCCUGUGCCUCCUGAAAUCGGAGAUAUGAAAAUUUUGGUUGUCUUGGAGCUAUCUCAAAACAACCUCAGUGGUCCAAUCCCUCAUUCUCUGGCUAAUUUAGCUAGACUAGAGACCCUCUAUUUGUUUUCGAAUCAAUUAUCUGGUCCAGUGCCUUCUGAAAUCGGAGAUAUGAAAAAUCUUAUUGACUUGGAGCUAUCUGAAAACAGCCUUAUUGGUCCAAUCCCUCAUUCUCUGUCUAAUUUAACUAGACUAGAGACCCUCCAUUUGUAUUCAAAUCAAUUAUCUGGUCCAAUGCCUAAUGAAAUUGGAGAUAUGAAAAAUUUGAUUGGCUUGGUCCUAUCUAAAAACAACCUCAGUGGUCCAAUCCCUCAUUCUCUGUCUAAUUUGAGUAGACUAGAGACCCUCUAUCUGUUUGACAAUCAAUUAUCUGGUCCUGUGCCUCCUGAAAUCGGAGAUAUGAAAAAUUUG